GCUUGUCCACUUUCUCCCCGCUGCACUGCACAUCUGCAAGCCCAGCCCGUGGCCAGCCCUGCUGUUUUGUGUUUGGGAGCCGCUGUCCGACCCAGAUUCGCCCAUUUCGUCCGAGAACGCCGUGAAUAUGUCCAGCUAAGAAGAUGGACAGGAGAUUCGGGAGUCCACUGCGAGGAGUGGCCGCUGAUCAUGAGGAGCCCUACCCAAGUUUGUCCGACUUCCACGAUUACGAACCGAACCUCGAGUUUGACGACACUGAACUGGCGGCUUCAGGCGACACGAUUCUAGAGACUCACGAGGACCUGCUGGACGAGUACCUUGAGUCGCCCGUCUCGGACGGCACCAUUGAGGAAAACUUCGAAAAGGAGCUGGCUGCGGACAGUUCCCUCGUCUUCCUGGACGAGACCAAGCCCGUUGCUGCUGCAGCGGCGGCCGCAGUUGAGGACCAGGAGGAGGACGACUUCAGCGACGUGGCCAAGUACGAGAUCGUUGAAGUGGCAGGGGACGAUGCUUACGGGCGAAAGGUAAUAGUUGUGUCGGCAUGCAAAUUGCCGAGCAACCAAGAACUGAACCACGUUCGCUUCCUGCGCUACCUGAUGGCCACGCUGGACCAGUUUGUCGAAGAGGACUACAGCCUCGUCUACUUCCACUACGGCCUCACUGGCAAAAACAAGCCGCCCAUGUCGUGGUUGUGGCAGGCGUACAAAGCGUUCGACCGCAAAUACAAAAAGAACCUCAAAGCUCUCUACUUGGUGCACCCGACCAAUUUCAUUCGAGUCAUUUGGCAGUUGUUCAAAGCAGUCAUCAGUGCGAAAUUCGGUCGGAAGAUAAUGUACGUCAACUACCUGCAUGAGUUGAGACAACAUCUGCACUUUGACCAGUUGCACAUUCCACAGCCAGUUUUAGAACAUGAUGAGCGAUUGAUGGCGAAGCUGCGACCAUCGCAAAAGCCACAACCCCCACUGCCAGAAAACAAUCAAUUGAGCACCACCGCUGGCUCUGUGUUCCACGCUCAACUGCCAACCCAGCAAUUUGGCGUUUCGUUGCAAUUUAUUCGAGACCACUCACCGCCGGACGAUGACUUCAUCCCCCCUGUUGUCAGACAAUGCGUUGAGUUUCUCAGCCAGCCUGACGCUUUAGAGACUGAGGGAAUAUUCCGACGCUCCGCAUCAACCGUGCUGGUUAGGGAGCUCAAGAGUCAGUGCAACAUGGGCCACAAGCCCGACUUUAACGGGGACGUCCACAUGGCCGCCGUGCUGCUCAAGACGUUUCUCCGUCAGCUAGACGAACCUCUGAUGACGUACGAGUUGUACGACGAAAUCAGCACCUUCCAAACCCUUGGUAAGGAGGAACGAUCCAGGACUGUAAAAAUCAUGAUCCUUGAAAAGCUGCCUGAGGACAAUUACCGGACAUUAAAAUAUAUCAUGCAGUUCCUAUCCAAGGUAAUGGACAGGAGUGACCUGAACAAAAUGACCUCAGCCAACCUUGCCGUGGUGUUUGGUCCAAACCUUGUAUGGCCACAGCAUGGCCAAAUGACGCUGUCGUCCAUUGGACCGAUUAACCAGUUCACAGACUUUCUGCUCACCCAUCAAGACGAAAUUUUCAUCAUUUAGCCUGUGAGGGCGCAAACAAAACAACCGACUGUGAUAGUCCUUUUGUUUGUCACAUACACCUCUACGGUCGACAAAACUACUAAUGGAUUGUUGAAGUUGUUGGAAUUCCUCCAUAAUCCCGUCAUCAAACACAAGAGAGACAAUAUUAUAACACACAUUUUGUUCUACGACAAUUAAAUAAUAUUAUGUGGUUCACCCUCGAUCAACUUGAAAAAUUUCACAAUCUCUUGUGUUUUUAAUGCAUGUGUGUGUGUAUUUGAGCCUGGUGCAUCAAAGUGUGAUUUUGAUUGAGUUGUCUGAUAACAUUGAAUCUUUUUUAUUUUCUCUUUAAAACAGUCUAGAAAUUGUUGUUGGCCUCUCGGAUCAUAAUCGAAGAGCAUUAACCAAAGCACUAUCACAUUAUCGACUUCACUUGAUCAUGGUUACUUGAGUGCACUACCUAAUUGUUCUAUUGUAAAGUCAUUCCCCUAGUCGGUUCAGGGCCCUCGUUCUGUGAGGCUAGCGAAGCUUUUCCAACAGAAAAAGGCAGGCCCUAGGUUACAACAUUGUUACUAAGCCCACUAGUGUUGUUCCCCCAAACAAACAUGUAAUAUUUAUAAGAACUGUGGAACUACUUGUUUUAAUUUUUACCAAGGAGUGAGUGAGAACUUAUCACACAUUAAUUUUAAUCAUUAUUGUUAGCAAUUCAUUUGGAGCUGAUACGAUUAACAUUUUUUUUUAGAGCAGGCUCCUCUUUAUAUUGAAUUUAAAAAAUAACAAACAAGUGCAUUUUGUUAAAAAAAAACCUCAGAAAGGUUGAUCCGUAUUAUUAUUCUUUAAAAAAUGCCCUCUCAUAAUUCCGUGUAAU